UCAAACUUGGGGCGAAAAAAUUUCUUGGGUUGCGUACCGCCAGCAUCCACUGCGAUCUCGGAAGCAGAUUACGAACGAAAAGCGGAUCAAUCGUUGGACAAUCUGAGUGAUUAUUUGGAUACGUUUCCAGAAUGGUUGAACUGUGAUGAUGAAUUCGAUAUAAACUAUGCGAUGGGUGUGAUCACGGCGAAUGUGGGACAAGGCAAAGGCAUCUAUGUGAUCAAUAAACAAACACCGAAUCGACAAAUAUGGUUAUCGUCACCCUUGUCCGGGCCUAAAAGGUCUCCUGUGCUUUCGGCUGAGGCUCACUAUAGAGCUCAGGCUGACACUUACCUCACGGGUAAAAUGACGAUGUGGUUUACCUCAUGUUUACACUGA